AUGCUGAGCCUCCUCCUGCUGCUGGUGGCUGGCGGCAGCCAGGCCACAGGGCUGCCAAACUCACGGGUGGUCAACGGGCAGGAUGCUGCACCCUAUAGCUGGCCUUGGCAGAUCUCGCUGCAGUACGAGCGGGACGGCACCUUCCGCCACACUUGCGGGGGCACUCUGAUCGCGCCCAACUGGGUGAUGACGGCCGCACACUGCAUCUCCUCCUCGCUCACGUAUGAGGUGGUGCUGGGCGAGUACGACAUGGGUGCCAGGGAGGGCUCCGAGCAGCGCAUCCCCGUGGCCCCCACCGACAUCUUCGUCCACCCCAAAUGGCAAAGCUCCUGCGUGGCCUGCGGCAAUGACAUCGCCCUGCUGAAGCUGCAGCGCCUGGCGGUGCUCAACACUCAGGUGCAGGUGGGGCAGCUGCCGCCGGCGGGCACGGUCCUGCCCGAUGGGUACCCCUGCUACCUGAGCGGCUGGGGGCGGCUGGCCACGGGGGGGCCACUGCCAGAGCGGCUGCAGGAAGCGCUGCUGCCUGUGGUGUCCUACGAGCGCUGCACCCAGCCCGACUGGUGGGGCAUCCUUGCCAUCCGCCACACCAUGAUCUGCGCCGGCGGGGCAGAGAAGGCCGGCUGCAACGGCGACUCCGGGGGUCCCCUGAACUGCCAGGCAGCCGACGGGCACUGGGAGGUGCACGGCAUCGCCAGCUUCGUCUCAGGGCUGGGCUGCAACGCGCCCAAGAAGCCGACGGUCUUCACCCGUGUCUCCGCCUUCGAGGACUGGAUCGCCGAGACCAUGAGCCAGAACUGA